AUGGCGGCGAAAGGAACGAACGGCGGCAGCGCGUCGUCGGCGGGCGCGCCCGCGGCGUCGUCCUCCAAGAAGAAGAAGAAGAAGAAGUCCGGCGGCGGCGGCGGCGGCGCGUCGAAAGAAGACGACGCCCUCGUCGCGGAGCGCCUGCAACGGUGCGUCCUCCGCGUCGUCGCGAUCAGAUCCCCUCCCGUGUCCACUCGUUUCCGCGCGAUAAAUUCCGGCACGUCGCCGCGCGGCGCGUCAGCGCUCACCGCCUCCUCUCCUCCCUCCCGCAGACUCAUGAUGCUCGACUUGGAGCCCACCGAACCGGAGCCGGAGCAGUGGGCGAAAGUGAGCAAGGGCGUCAGCAAGAGCGCGGCGAAAAUCGCGGCGAAGGACGUCCUCGUGAGAGGAGAUCCGACGGCGGUGGCGGGAGCCGGCGCCGCGCCAGCGUGUAACGUGUUGCUGAAAUUCGAGUCUGGCGGCGGCGGCGACGACGACGACGACGGCGACGGCGACGGCGGCGAAUCCCUCGCGUCGAAGCUGUCGUCGUACGUCGUGAAGCCGCCGUUCUGGCACGUGUUCGAGGACACCGGGAAGGCGGCGUGGUGCGCGGUCGUGACGUCCGCGUCCGGGUUCGACAGCGCGCCGAUACCGAUCGCGGCGUCCGUGCCUCGGGUGAGGAAAAUCACCCAGAAGCACGCGCCGCCGGUGUUAGAGGAGGGCGAAGAGAUGGAGGUUAUUUUGGACUUUAAACGGCGGCAGAAAGAAGAGCGGAAGAAGCAGAAGAAAGAGGAAGGCGGGAAGAAGAAGAAGAAAUCGAAGAGCAAGAGUCCAGAGCCGCCGGAAGCGACGGCGGCGCCGGAGGCGGAGGCGCCGCCGGAGGCGGCGGCGCCUCCGGGACCGCUGCCGGGGCCGCCGCCGGCGGAGGAUUUAUCGAGGGACAUCCUCACGAGCGUGUUCGCCUCCGCACCGUACCAACCACCGCCAGAGGAGGAACCGAACGUGUUCGAUCGAAUCACCGCCGCCGCCGCCGCGAGCGCCGAGCGCGAGCGCGUCGCGGAGCAGCGGCGGGAACAGCGACAGCACCAGGAACAGCGACAGCUUGCACCGCGACGUCCGCCGCCGCCCCCGGGUCUCGGCGGGUUCGUGCAACCCGCCGCGCCCGCCGCCGCGCCCCCGCCGGAGGCGCAGUGGACGUCCGCGCCCGCGCCGCCGCCGCUCGACGCGACGGACGCGCAGCUCCUCGCGGCGCGGCGGCGGAUGAGUCAAGAGAUGCAUCACAUCGCCGCGCAGCGGCACGAGUUGGAGCAGCAGCGCGCGCAGAUGCUCGCGAUGCAGCAGGAGAUGGAACGCAUGCAGCGAGAGAUGGCGCGGACGCGAGCUGUCGCCGCCGCGGAAGCGGCGGAAGCGCAGCGCGAGGCUGCGAUGUCGCAGGACUGGCGCGGUAGAGGGGAGAUGAUAUCGAUCUCGGCGAAUCCGUACUCGAACGGCGGACGGGGCGGCGGCGGCGGCGGAGGGAUCAAGAAGAACCCUUACGGCGCGAGGCGGGGGAGCGCAGCCUCGCCGCCGCCGCCGCCGCCGGGGUUUGAAACGGCGGCGGCGGAGGCCGCGGCGCCGGCGGCGCCUCGUAACCCUAACUCGUACAUCCCUCCCGCGUUCAGAGAGAACAAGUGA